AUGUUGUACAGAGCCAGCAGCAUAGGCAGCAGGGUACCUGCAGAUAAUAGAAUGAGUGGCGGUGCAAGCGCUCCCGUGGAAGUUGGCACGCGGGGGACGAUCGGAUCACUCUUAAAGAAGGAAAUCGAGUAUUUCAGAAAGCUGGAAAUGGAGUUUUCUUGCGGCGGAUCCCCAUUGAAGCCUCAGAGCUCUGUGGGUGGUGGUUCUUCAUCUUCAUGGCCUGGUUUUGGGUUCUUGAUGAUGUUGAAAUGGAAGAAGAAGAAGAGAAGGGUGAGUGGAGGAGGAGGAUUACAGAGCGUUUGCUCUCUGGUGGAUGUUUCUGACACCCAUAGGAUGAACGAAAUCCGAGGAUUCAGCUAUGUAAAUCUUAAAGUUGAUUCAAAGAGAUUCCAGGAACAAACAGUAGUUCUUUCAUAG